UAAUGGAUAAUAUCUCUGUGCCUGGUUCUUUCUCAUGGCUUUGAGCUUCUCCAUCAAUGCGACAAUUUCAUCUCAACACCAAGUGAAAGGGAACUUCAGGAACACCAAGGGUCUUCAAAACGUCAAGAACCUUUUAAACGCAAUUGGGGUUCCUUCAGUUGCAUCUUCUCCCCAUGAAUCUCUCCGAAAAGGCAACUGGGUUAAGCUUAUUUGUGGUGCUAGUUUUGAGCAAGGAUGUAGCUGACAUCAGGAAUCUUUCUCUAGUUUACACUUUAGCUGGAGUGGAUUGCAUUGACUGCGCCGCAGAUGCAUCUGUAGUGACUGCGGUGAGCCAAGGUAUUGAAGCAGCAAGGGAGAUUUUGCCCAUAAGGAGGCCUUGGACGAUGAUAAGCGUUAAUGAUGACGAAGAUCUUCACUUUCGUAAAGCUGAAUUUGAUCCAGAGGACUGUCCACUAGACUGCACAAGGCCUUGUGAAAUUGUUUGUCCUGCUGAUGCAAUAGUGCUAGAGGGUAAAAGAUCAAAAGCAGAAGUUUCCCAUGGUACCAGCAACCCUGGUGGAUUUAAGGGUGGAGUGAUUACUGAACGUUGUUAUGGCUGCGGUCGUUGCUUCCCAGUUUGCCCUUACGAUAAAAUAAGAGUGGUUACUUAUGUAAGAGAUGCUGCUGCCACAGCUGAACUUCUUAAAAGAGAUGAUGUUGAUGCUGUAGAGAUACACACGAGCAGAAGGCAGACUACUCUCUUCAAAGAACUUUGGGAUGGUUUGAAAGACUCAGUUAAACAUUUGAGACUAGUAGCAGUUAGCUUACCGAAUUUUGGAGACACAACUCUAUCUUCAAUGAACACAAUGUACUCCAUUAUGGAGCCUCAUCUAUAUUGCUCUAAUUUAUGGCAGUUGGAUGGCCGCCCAAUGAGUGGAGAUAUUGGACGAGGUGCCACAAGGGAAUCUGUUGCAUUCGCAGUUCGUUUGGCAGCUGCCAAAGACAGGCCUCCUGGUUUUCUUCAAUUAGCAGGUGGCACAAAUGCUCACACAGUUGAUGGCUUGAAGAAAGAGGGACUUUUUCAAACAACAUCCACAACCAGAAACUCAGGGAAAGAAAAACUAACAGCCAUUUCACCAAGUACUUCACAGUCUCUAAUUGGUGGUGUUGCUUAUGGUGGCUAUGCUCGAAAGAUUGUUGGAAGGGUCUUAAAUUCUUUGCAAACGCAGCAUGGUCUUUCUGUUAUUGAGGAUCACCCAGAACAUCUCUUGGAAGCUCUUCAAGAAGCCAUUGCUUUAGUUGGAACUGUAAAAUGUUUUGAAUACCCCUUAACUUCAUAAUUUCGUACAUACAAAUGUAAACGGGUGAACAAUUAUAAAAGACUCUUCUUAAUUCUAAACAAUGUUUCAAAAGACACUUAGAUCUUGUCUUAGAUUCUGUGCAGAUUCUUGUUUAGAAUAUUUCAAGCAAAAUACGGUGAGUCAUGAAGACACUUAGAUCUUGUCCUUGAUCCUGUGCAGAAUCUUGUUUAGAAUAUUUCAAGCGCUAUACGACUCGAACAACUCAGUUGAACUCACCGCUCAAGCAAAGCACGACUCGAGACAAAUACCAAGUAAACAAUUUGUAAUUAGGUUGGUAGGGGC